AAAAAGGACUUUUAGUAAGUCAAUAAGUAGAAGUUGAUGGGAAAUAAGGAAUGCCAAACACCCACCAAAUCGCUCGCAGUAGAACUAACUAACCAUUCCAACGAUUCUCGCAGGUCUCCUGUUUCACCUACGAAUCGUCCAACUGAAAGAUCAAAAGCCCCUUUUCUUCUUCUUCUUCUCACAGUCCGCAUGGAAAUCUGGAGUAUUAGCUGUGAUCGUCGUGGGUUUGGGUACAACAGGCAAACAAGAACGCCAUUCAAUUUAACCGGAUUUCCAUCACUUGAAGUUGGGAAAAAAGACAAAGUAAAGAUGCAAGUCACAAUGAGAGACCGAAGCAAGAACAGGAAACCGUUGCAGAAAGGAAGGAAUCUCAGCAUCGAGGCCAUCCAAACGAUACAGUCUCUCAAACGCUCGUAUAAGUCAUCUGCAGACAAUCAACAACAAGUCAUCGACUCUAAGUUUAGUAGAUUACUCAAGUUUGAUAUGAUGGCUAUACUUCGUGAACUCCUUCGACAAGACCAUUGUGUGCUAGCCCUUAUGGUAUUUGUGGAGAUUCAAAAGGAACAUUGGUAUAAACCCAGCGUAUCAUUAUACGGCGAAAUAAUCUCGGCUUUAGCAAGGAGCGGGUUGCAUGACAACAUUAAUAUCAUUGUUCAUGAAAUGAAAGCAGAGAAAGGUAGAUUAGAGGCUAAGACAGAAGGGUUCAAUUUGUUAUUGGAAUCUUUGAUGAGUUACAACCUCAUUGAAGCUGCCAUGGAUUGCUUUGAGUUGAUGAAAGAGGUAGAUUGUGAGCCCGAUAGGUCAACUUUUAAGUUAUUAGUUGCGCAGUUAGACUCGAAAGGAGAAACCGGCCUUUCAGAAAGUAUUAGGAAAGAAGCUUUUAGAUAUUAUGGUGAUUCGAUUGAGUUUGUAAACGAGCAAGAAGAGGUGACAGCCUGUUAGUGAUAGAAUAAUAGCAUGUUAUGCUGUAUUUUGUAAAUUCAUUUUUAAUUUAUUUCAGUUGGACUAAACUAAAUACAUAUGAAAUGA